AUGCUCACACCCAUUGCUCUCCUGUCAAUCCUCUUCCUCCCCACCCUCGUCCCCGCCUUCCCAACCGGCGCCGGCCUCUGCCAAGUCGACCCCGCCGCCAUCGCCGCGGCCGCCAACGGCGCCAUGGGCCAACAAAACGAGCGGCUCGGUUUCACGCUGUCUACACCCGCCGGCGUGACUACGUAUGCCGCGAACCAGCCUGUUACUGUUAGUGUGGGUGGGGGUGGAGAAUAUAAAGGGUUGUUGAUUUAUGCGGCGAACGAGGUGGGGGCGGAGACGCAUUUGGGGACUUGGACUGUGCAGCCGGGAUUCAGGGUAUGGAGGCCGGCUGACAGUUGGCUGCGAAAGCAUUUGGAGGGUGCCGAUGCGCCUGCGGACUGCACGCCUUUCGGACCCGGUUCAACUCUCAGCCAUGACAGCCCCGAUGCGAAAGUGCUUCCCGCAAACUUUACUUGGACACCUCCCGCAGCGGCCGCCGGAAACGUCCAGUUCUUUGCCGUAGUGGUAGUCGACACCGACACCGGCUUUCAGUCAUUGACAACCGCGCAGGCUUUGACACCCGCCGCUUGA